CGACGACAAGGUGACAAGGUGACAAGGUUAUGAUUCUAGAACUUGUUCAGCCUUCCAUCUUCCAUCUUCCAACAAUCAUAACUCUCGUAAAAGGAAAGAGGAAAGAGGAAAGAGGGAAAAGGGAAAAGGCAAAACAAAAGGCAAAAUCGACAAUAUCAGCCUAAGGUUGGAAUGAAGAAAGUCCUUCUCUUCUUCACACACACGACGCCAUAAUUCUUACCAAUUGAAUUCUCUCUUAAAAUCCCCCCAGUCAACGAGCCAGCCAGCCAGCCCAAAGGAAAAUCCCCAAAAAACAACAACAACAAAACUUCUCUCUCGAAACUUUCAACGCCCGCCAGAUCAUCCAUUCAUUUUCCCAAUCACCAAAAUUUCUCAAAAUCAUCCAAGCUAAAGCAUUGCAUGCGCGCUUCCACCAAUCAUUCAUUCAAUUGAAUUGGAGAUCCAAUCCCCUCUUCCAUAGAGCCAAGGUAUCUGCCCCCGCUAUCAGAACCUAGCUUGUCAUUAUAGGAAAAAGCGUGGAAGGGUCCAACUCCAUUUUUCCCACUCCUCUUACCGUUCCGUGGCGAUUACUGCGACUGUGGUCUCACGCUUGUAGCACUUCUAUCCAUUCACAUACUGAUAUCCAUUUCCCCUGCUUCUUACACAAAUAACUCCUCCGUACCAGUCAACUACCUACCGGUUGCAUUCAAACUUCUGCUGCUUUCCGACCCACACCUUCUGAAAGACCCUAUCAUACCAAAAGCGGAUACAAGAUCUCUUCCGGUAGGCAGUUCGACAAUAAUGUCAAUCAAGUAAGUAAAUAGUCGUCUCUUAUGGUUUCUGUAGUGCAGUAUUUGAUUGCCGUCACUUUCUUCUUUGCUCUCUUCAUUCUCAAUUCUAUCUUCUCUUUCUUUUUCUUGUCUGUUUUGCCUUCAUUUUCUCAAUCAUGUAUGCUUUUCACCAAGAACAGCAUCUUUAUGCCUUGCAUAUGGCACAAGAAGAAAUGCUAAAAUCUACCCGUGAAAAAAGUUGGGUAAUGACCUCUCACGAGGCUGGAUUCGUCAAACUUCCCAAUGAACGAAUUCUUUAUACUUCACCCCCUCGAACGAGUUUACAAAUUUCUACGACGACUACACCUCCUGGCGCAGAGCCAUAUUCAGCCAAAAGUGACGCUGGGGUUGUUUAUAUCAGUAACCAACGAAUAAUUUAUCUUCCAAGUACACCUACCCCCGAACUUCAAUCAUUUUCCUCGCCAAUUCUCAACUUGCAAGAUAGUUAUGUUCGUGCGCCAUUCUUCGGCGCCAAUUACUGGACUGCUCUCUGCAAGCCGGUCUCGGGAGGUGGAAUUCCUCCAGACUAUCCAUCGGUUGAGCUCAAGAUGACAUUCAGAGAAGGCGGGGCUUUCGAUUUUCAUUCUUGCUUGGAGCAAAUAAAGGACCGUCUAUACCAAGUUUAUAGUGUCGCACGCGAACAUGGGGGAAGGGGAACGAGUGGAGUAGAUUUGGCGAACAUGGAUUUAGAGCAAUUACCUGCCUAUGAAGCUGCGACAGAGGUUGCAGAUGAGGCACCUGAGGUAGCUCGAGAUAGCGGGGUAGCAAGCACAACUGGAAGUUCACGGCCCGAGACCUUCACCGCGCCAGCUGAGCCCCCUCCAGAUUAUGAAGAAGCACAAGCACAAGCCGUUUCGGUGGACCUGGAUCAGCGAUUACGAGAGCAGGCCGAGAGACAAUGAGAGGGGGUAAGCGACAUAUAUAGAAUGCUGUGUUACAUUUGUUUUGUUACAUCGGGUGUUACGAAGUCAUGAAUAAAUGAAUACUGGGAAGGUAGGACAUCUAUGGAGGGGGGAAAGGCGUUCUUCUAUCACAAAUUUGCACAUACGAUUUGGCACGGUCUAUGAUCAGAAAUGGGGCUAUAAAGCAGCACUGCAAUGGCGUUUUGAGAGGUUGAUGGUAAAUUGCUUCAAGAUGGAAUUGAUGUCUAAAAUAGUCUGAAAUAGCUAGUAUAUCAUGAGAAAUGAAUAAAAAAUUGAAAAA